GUUCUUCUUUUCUUCUUUUCUUCACCCCAUCUGCCCCCCCCCCCCUCCCUUCUGCCGUCUGCCGAGUGCUCAUCAGCCCAGGCUUUUCUUCAACGACCAUCGACCAACCCCUCCAAUGCCACAGAGGUCCCUCGAGUAGUUGAACACCAUGAUUGAAGCGACGAAUCCUCCUCUGGCCAUGGCCGACAAGCCCAGCGGCCUCCAGGCUCUGCGCGAGUCUAAGCCGCCCGCCACAGACACCUUCACCUACCUGACCAUCAUCGGCGAGGUCCUCUCCCCCGAGAUCCUGCCUGACCUGAACGAAAUCCUCCAAGACACUCAGCUCACCCAGGAUAUCGGAUGGGACUUGGUCGAGAUGCUUGUGCCCGUCCAGGGCAGUCAGCAGUGUCUCGAGACCAUUGCUCAGCUGGGCAACCCGCGCGAGGUCAUUCUCAAGGUGCUCGAAGUUUUGGAAAAGACUGUCGAAGAGGCAACCGACGAGGAAGACGAUCCCGCGACGACGGCGACAUUCGUUCACCUGGUCGGCAUGUUGAGCAUCCUGCACAAGCGAUUGAAUGUCGCGCGCCCCUCUCGCUUUGUUCACACGACCCUUCAGAGCGUCUACCGCACCUACCAUCCCCGCAAUCCCGAAAUGACGGCUGCAGUCAUUGCCCUCGUCCGCUCCCUUUCUGGCGACAAGCGCCCGCCGCUCCCUACCCGUCAGUCCAGCAACAAGCUCGACACUCCCUUUACGAAGAGCGAUCCCACAAAACACGCACCGGACCCCGAGGCCGCACACAAGCAGCAGUUGGCGCCGACAGACCCUGACACCACCAAGAGACUGCUCCAGUCCUUCAUUACCUGCAUCAUCGAGGCCUACGUCAACUGUACUGGCAUGGAAUGGGCCUCUCGCCUGCUGGAAUUCUACAACCCAGAGCGUGUCGUAAUGCGCAAGAGCGUGUUGCGUGCCUUUAAGGAGGACGAUGAUCUUUUGGCAAGGGACGCUCUGGUUGGCCAAUUAGUCGCACUUGCAGGAGAUCUCGGCUUAAACAGAGUGCGUGCUCUGUCCGUCAAGGACAUCUUUGAGGGCUCCAUCCCCAACAGCCCGCUGGCGGUCGAGACCGAUGACCUCAGCCCCGACAACAUCAAGCUCUCUACCGGAGGUGUCUGGUGCCUGGUUGCAUACUGGCUCUUCUCAGCAGAGGUGUUUGAUGCGGACUAUGAACAGGUCCAGAUGACCAUGUUCCCCGAUCAUGUCAAGCUCCUCGAAAACUUCUUUGGCGAAGACCCGCAGUCACGCAUCGUGGGAAACCCUGGCACCACCGAGGCUCUCGUCGUAAUGGGACUCUGGCUGGAGAACUACAAGCGCAUCUCGCCUUCAGACGGCGACUUCAUGCCAUACCACCAUCUCCUCACACUUGUGUCUGUGUUCCACCCGUCACUAUCGGUUCGGAACGUCUCCACAACCCUCGCAGGCCUCGUCCUGCAUGACGACCCCGAUGAUAGCGACCGGCUCAAGAUUUUGGAGGAUCUCCUCGAGAACUGCAUCUUUUCCGCCCUGCAGGCCUCUGCGGUGACGUGGCUGCGAGAAGAGUUGAUUGUGGCUCAAAAACGCAAGCUCACGAACCGAUUCUCGACAACAGAUGCAGUUGAGACGCUGCAGUACGUCUUGUUCCCCAACAUGGCAUUCCUCAAGGAGCAAUCCGUUCCCGAGAUUUGGGAAUACUGGGUGCAGAACUUCCCCUUCCACUUGCAGGUGGCCAACUUUGCGUACUUCCUCUUUGCCGGCACCAGCUUCCAGCACUUGGUGCCGGCUAGCAUGCCCGGCGCCGUGGAGCAGCGCUACGUUGAGCCUCUGCUGCACGCUGUCACGACUUUGCAGACGGCCCUCGAGAAGAAGGAAGUAGAUGAUCAGGGCCAGGGCGACGAGGUCAAGACACAACUCGACAUUCUGACGAUGCGGUUGAAGAGCUUGCCUCUGCAGUAAAAGGUGCUGCUGUUGUACAUUGGACGCUGGAUAUCAUGGGUAGCCCCGGCGCGGGUAAGCCGAGAUGCUCUGUGGUAUGGGCUUUGCAUUUUCUGGAGUAGGUUCAUGGCGGAGUCUCUUAUGAGUUACGAAUUACCUGGGCUGCUGAGCAACGAGCAGCUGUAUGAAUUUAAAAACAAAUUUUCUCCAAA